CCACCACUCCAGGAAGUUGUGGAUGUGUCAGAUCUUUAUAUAGAAUUGCAACAAAAUAAGAAAAACAUUCCAUUUUUGGGGGUGAAUUUUCAUUUCAGCAAAUGGAAGGAGUUUGUGAUGGAAAGUUCAAACUUGUUGCAUGUUUGUCAGGAUUGUUUUUAUUUUUAUUUUUUUUCAUAUAAAUAAACCCAGCCCCUCUGCAGCUUCCUGCUACAGGAAGCUCAACGUUGUUCUGUCACAGCCAGGAUAAGUGUGAUAAGAGUGUUGGAUUGUUUGGGUGUACCGCAUAUGAUUCGCAGUCUCAGCAGUAGAUGGCGCUGCUGAGCCACACAGCUGAACUAGUUGGCAAUGAAAGCUUGGAGAAAUGGGAGUUUGUUGGUUCUGGGGGGUUCGGCCGCGUCUACAAGGCCAGACACAAGAACUGGGGGUUUGAUGUGGCCAUUAAGCUGCUACAUGGUGGUGUCGGUACCCUCAUGUCCAAGGACAAAGCACUGUCUGCAGAGGCGGAGCUCAUGAACAAGGCCUCCUGUGAGUUUGUACUCAGAGUUUAUGGAGUUUAUGAGGGAAACUUCAUGCAAAGUGGAAUAGUCAUGGAGUUCAUGAGCAGAGGGUCAGUCCAGACUCUGAUACAGGACCUCUGUGGUCGUCCUCCAUGGCCCCUGACGUUCCGCUUGGCCCAUCAAGUGGCUCUAGGCAUGAACUUUCUCCACUCAAGGAACCUCAUUCACCACGACCUGAAACCAAGUAACGUACUGCUGAACGACGACCUUAACGCCAAGCUGGCAGAUUUUGGUUUGUCCAGAGUUUCCACCAGCGCUUUGAAUAGCAACGAAAAGAAGAGCGGAGAGGUCGGAGGCUCGUACAAGUACAUGCCUCCCGAGGCUUUUGAAGCUUCGUACGAACCCGUCCGUGCCUUUGACAGAUACAGCUAUGGUAUCCUUCUGUGGUCUAUUGUUACGGGGAAAGAGCCCUAUCCAUCUGCUGACAACCAUCUUGUGGCCCUGAGUAUCCCUCGUGGACAGAGACCUUCUCUUGAGGACAUUAACCAGGGGGAGGCGGAAGGAUUAAAAGACCUGCUCGAGCUCAUGAAGAUGUGCUGGGAUGAGAAUCCAGUGAAGAGGCCCUGCUUUAAAGAAUGCCUUGAGGUCACUGAGACACUUUUCUCAAAGCACUGGGGAGAAAUUCAUGUGGCAGUUCAUCACGUCUUGACAACUUUGUCAAACACAAGUAAUCGGCAUUCAAGUGUGCCAUUACACUGCUUUCCUCAGACAACAGAACAAUCAAAGGCACGUGCCACUGUGAAUGGCGUCAGAGUUAUAAAUAAUGAAAAGGCUUCAGCACAGCAGGACAAUUCUACCACAACAGUGAGUGACAGAGAUAAAGCCAAGUUUGUGGACGACAACAGGGCGGCGCUAAUUCAACACGUGUCCGAGGUAAUGGCGAUCGUAGAGGAGCUCGGAAACAUGGUCCACACUGAGACCUACUCGGCGAUUGAAGCGGAAAAGACGAGCCGUGAACAAAUGAGGGCGCUCUUUCAAAGGACGUUUCGUCCAGGAGGGGUAACUGUCAAAGCUGCCUUCUACACCGCCCUUAAAAGACAUCACCCCGAGCUGGUGGAGAGGCUCGGUGGAUAACUUGAAAGUGCCGUUAGCGUUGAUCACGACACAAAGAGUCGGCGAUCCGAUGUUUGGAAGAAGCAGAAAUAAAAUAAAAUCGAACAAAAUCGA